UACUUUCAGUGUACCACUCAAACGCUGACUUGCAUGUUCUUCCAUAGAGAGUAGUGUGCGCACGCGCCCGAAGUAGAAGCAUCAUUUUGUGGAAACUCCGUUUGUAGUCCCAGACCAUGAACUACGUGGGGCAGCUGGCAGAGUCGGUGUUUGUGACGGUGAAGGAGCUGUACCGGGGCCUGAACCCGGCCACGCUCACGGGGGGCAUCGAUGUCAUCGUGGUGCGCCAGCCCGACGGCAGCCUCCAGUGCUCCCCGUUCCACGUGCGCUUCGGCAAGCUGGGUGUGCUGCGCUCCAAAGAAAAAGUGGUGGACAUUGAGAUCAAUGGGGAGCCAGUUUACCUGCAAAUGAAGCUUGGUGACAACGGAGAAGCUUUUUUUGUGGAGGAAAAUGAGGAUUUUGAGUCCAGAGUGCCAGCCCACCUCUGCACGUCGCCCAUCCUCAUCGAGCUCCCAGAGGGGGCCGAGGAGACCUUCGAAGGCCCCCCCACUUCCGGUAGCGCACGCAGGAAAAAGCGGCGGCGCAAACGCAUUCGCUCCGACUCCCACUUAAGGGAUGAUGGCAGCUCCUCGUCCGAUGAGAGGGAGAGAGAGCGGGAGCAGACAGAACAGGAGAGCCCUUCCAAAGAAGAGCUCACCACACCCAUGCUCGCCAGUAAGUCGGUGUACUUCUCGCUGUCUGAGCAACCAUAUGAACAGUUGGGGGCCGUGCAGACCAGGGACGUACACCCUCACUCCGAGGGAGAGUGGUCCCCCUCAGAGAGCAGUGUGUUCUAUAGUCGUCCUUCCUCCCCCAAGAGUGACUCCGAGCUGCUGGUGAAGCCUCAGGAGUCCUCAGGGCCUCAGAUGCAGUGGAACUGGGGUGGCUUUCCAAAGAUGUGUUUGGCGGAGAGGGGGAUGGUGGAGGUGCAGCGCGUCUCCCCUGGCAUCCACUGCUCGGACAGCUCCCACUUCCGCACCAUCCAGUGGCAGGACUCCUUCGACAUGGGCCAGGAGCCCGGUUUCAGCUGUGGCCGAGCGAACAGUAGCGUGACGGUGGUGGUCAGGCCCAAGCCCAGGACCGGACCAGCGGUCCCACCCACAGAGAGUUCCCCCAUAGACCUGGAGAGAACCUCUAAGAGAACCUCCAGCCCAUAUCACCCCACCGCAGAGCCACUGACUUUAGCAUCAUUAGCGAUGGCUAGCAUAGACUCUUCCCAGGCUCCAYGGCAUACAAAAAAGCAGCCCCAAGUAGAGACCCUGCAGGCAGGGGAGGAGGGAGCCAAGGAGUCUGCAUCUAACCUUGAGCUGAAAGAGGCAAGAACCUCCCUGGCUAACAUAGUUAGCAUUGCUAAUGUAGGAAAUGCUGAUAGCCUAGCUAGUGAAGGAAGCAUAGGCGAUGUUGAAUGUGUAGCUAACACAUUUAGCCUAAUUGAAAACGACUGCAUAGACACACACAUCCCAUCCAAAAAAGGUAGAAAAGCCGGCACAGACAGGCUAGCUAGCAACAGCAUAGCUACUUUAGCAAACACUGCUAGCUUACCUGACGCUGCUAGCUUAGCCAAUGCAGCUAGUUUAGCCAGUGUAGCAGGUCCCAACAUUAUCACAGAGUCUCUCGAUAGGAUAGAACACCCAGACCAGCACAGUGCCUUACCAGAAACCAAUGGACAGGGGUUUGCAGAAGGAGUUAUCGUGAGUGAGGGCAACAGUGGGAUCAAGCCCUGCACCGAGGGAGGGGAGGAGAUGGAGAUCACAUCUGUUAUGACGGACAGAGCCACAGAGGACUCCCUGACCAAUCAGGCUGCGGAGAGUAUUGGAGUGGCAGACAUGGGAGCCAUUGAGGCUCUGGGGGAGGAGCAUUCUGGCUCAGCAGUAGCAACGGGCAAAGCAGAGCACAGAGACAAGAAGAAAGGUAAACGCAGUCAGCACCUAGGACCCUCCGACAUCUACCUGGACGACCUGUCUAACCUUGACCCAGUGGUGGCAGCGCUCUACUUCCCGCCUAAAGGUGAGACAGAAGGGAGCUCGCGGCCGGGUGCUGAGCAAGGGUCUGGGUCUGGUAACCAGUCUCCGGUGGGCAGCGGGGCCAUGGACAGCGGCACAGAGUACCUGUCGGACUCCACCUCCGACCACAUGGAUGUCAGCAUGUCCCUCUGCGGCCGCACUGGCCACACCAGCCAAAUCAACAAAGAUAAGUUUAUGGAGCAAGUUGUGAACUACCAAGAUUUGGUGAGCAACCCUGGACUCAUCGAAGAUCCAAAUCUGGUUAUCUGCAUCAACUCAAAGUAUUAUAACUGGGCAGUAGCUGCCCCUAUGGUCCUGUCAAUGCAAGUCUUUCAAAAGAAUCUACCAAAGAGUGCCAUUGACCAGCUGGUGAAGGAUAAGAUGCCCAAAAAGUCUGGCCGCUGGUGGUUCUCCUGGAGGAGGAAGGACAUGGACACUAACCCAAACCAGACUGGAGAGAAUUCCAAGCAGGAUCAAGAGAAGGCACAAGCAGAGACUGAAGAAGCCUCAACCUCUGUUUCCGGUCACUCAACAACGAUACUGGCGACUCUUGAUGACCUGACAAGCGACGAGGAGGCGGGCCUGGGCCGAGACGGCAGCCUAUCAUCAGAGACCUCCGAGACCAUGACCACCGCCCAGUGUUUCAGCCAGAUGUACCGCAAGUCCCUACGCCUCACCUCCGAACAGAUAGAGCGGUUGAACCUGCGGGAGGGGGCCAACAAGGUUGUGUUCAGCGUGACCACUCAGUACCAGGGCACGUGUCGCUGCGAGGCCGCCAUCUACCUGUGGAACUGGGACGACCGCGUCGUCAUCUCCGACAUCGACGGCACCAUCACCAAGUCUGAUGCUCUUGGGCAUAUCCUACCUCAGCUGGGGAAAGACUGGACGCACCAGGGCAUCGCCCGACUGUACCACAAAAUCCACCAGAACGGCUACAAGUUCCUGUACUGUUCGGCGCGGGCCAUCGGCAUGGCCGACAUCACCAAGGGCUACCUGCAGUGGGUGAACGACAAAGGCACCGUCCUCCCCAAGGGKCCCGUGCUGCUGGCCCCCAGCAGUUUCUUCUCUGCCCUGCACAGAGAGGUGGUGGAGAAAAAGCCRGAGGUGUUUAAGGUCGCCUGCCUUACCGACAUCCGAGAUCUGUUCAAUCCCCAGAGGCAGCCCUUCUACGCAGCCUUCGGUAACAGGACCAACGAUGCCUAUGCCUAUAAGAAGGUUGGUGUCCCUGACACCAGGAUCUUCACUGUGAACCCCAAAGGKGAGCUCAUUCAAGAGAAGACCAAAGGGAACAAGUCAUCGUACACACACCUCGGCGAGCUGGUGGAGCACUUCUUCCCUGAGAUCUCCAAGGAUGGGACGUCAUCCUCCUUCCACUGCCCUGAGUACAGCCACUUCUCCUAUUGGAGAGAGCCCCUACCACCGCUGGACAUGUCCUCUCUGGACUAGACACACACACACACACAUCACUGGACCAGUCCUCUCUGGACUAGACACACACACACACACACACAUCACUGGACCAGUCCUCUCUGGACUAGACACUCGCGCGCAUGCACACACACUGUCUUUCUUUCCUCACCUUUGCUCCCUUUCCRUCUCUCUCUCUGUCGAUCCCUUUCUGAAUUCAUAAAUAGCUUUACUAAGUGUUCAUUGCCUGGAAUAUUCUAGAUGUGAAAGGUUCUCAUUUAAUAUACUCUAUAUCAUCCUGUGUCAUUCAUCUCAUGCAAUAGAGAACAAAACUAAAGUGUAUGGAUUUCAAGAAAUUACUGGGUGACACACACACACAGACAUGCACAGAGCCAAAUUGAGACCAAAUAUGCAUCGAUGACUGUUCAUUUACACAACACUGUAUACUUCAUAUUGUGGAAUAUUGAUUGCAAAAAGUCACUGCACUGGCCGUGCCAUAUUGCCAUUUUCCAAACGAUACUGGAGCAAGGUACAUUUGUGCGUCUCGAGUUCCAAAAAGAGCUUUGCCAUUUUAAAACACAGUUAGCAAACCGGCAUACUAGUAUACUAUACAAAUUAUAACAUCCACGUACAGGCGCAACUGGACAAAAACACCCUUUUCAGUUUUAGGUUUGUUAUCACUAUAUUUAGGUUUUAGGUUUGUUAUCACUAUAUUUAGGUUUUAGGUUUGUUAUCACUAUGCCUGAACUUUCUACUUCAUUUGGUGUAUGCAUACAAUUCCAUCCUAUAUAUUGUUUUGAAAAACAUAUUUAUUAGCUCAUUGUACCAUUGAGCGCAAAACAGCUUUUUAGCGAAGAAAAGGUAAGUAAGCCUUUAGCUUGAUUGAAAACGAAGCCCCCCAAAAAAACAAUGCCAAACAACAACGUGAGUAUUUAUGCUUUGUGUUCUAGUGGGACUGAUCUGGAAUUGUCCAACUUUCUCUCUGCCUGUACUCGCUGUAGUCCAAUAGAAGUGUGUGUGCAUGUUGACCCUAAAGAGUAUAUUGUAGCUCGAAAAUACAGUCAGRGUAAUGGAGAAAAUGUGAUGAGUAAGCCCGUCUGAGACCAAAAUGACUUGAACUGCUGCUUUUGACUGGAAGCUAGCUUUUUGAUCUAGUUUAUAGUUGACUUCGCUAUGUAUUUUGAAGCUCUUGCAUCAAGGAUUUGGUAGCAGUUGGAUACACACAGGACCCAACCAGAAAAAGGGCCCAAAAAGAAUCAAUGCCUAGCCCCUGUUCCCGCAGUGGUCAGGGUGGUGAGAUCAGGUUUCUUGCACCCUGGAAAAAGUGUUUCAGCUCUACACAAGAGAUGAGGGAGUAGGGGCUAUGGGUUGUUUCAGGACAGGUGCAAUAGCAUAGUAGGUUAGGGGUUCAUUCUAAAGURUGGGUUAAAGCUAUAGCCCCUCAUUAGCUUUUGUUACGCAGAGGUGUGCUAUGGGCGAGAUCUUAGCAGAAUGUGUGUUGCUACUAGUUAACAGUAGGCUCGAAUCACACCACUCCCUUUAAGGUACUACACUACAUGUUUUCGAGAUGAGCCAUAUAGAUAUCUAUAUAUGGUUUCGAUAUGGAUUUAUACUAGGCCAUARGUGAAUCGGGUGGUUCAGAAUCGGACACGUUCCAGGGUCGAGUAAAUGGAACCGGUUGGGGAAUUGAAAUGGCCAUGGUCUGGUUUGACACGGUGCCUUCUAGCUUAUAUGAUUCAUAAGCGUUUAUAUGUAUUGAUAUUUCUAAAUAUAUUGAUUAAUGUAAUCCAAAGUAAUACCAUGGGCUCUGUGUGGAGACUAGAGAAAUUGCAUUGGACCUGAAAAGCCCUGUCGUUGCUGUAUGUUUUUAUCAAAUGAUCUUAAUAUAAAGUAAAUACUGUUAAACACA